AUGUCUAAUGUCUCGUAUCCUGCUCAGUUUACUCAGACAAACCGAGCCCUAGGGACACGGAAGAGUGGCUUUCUGCUGAAAAAAUCUGAUGGAAAGAUAUUAAAGAUUGCAAUUAUCCUAUUAUCAUCUAACAUUAGUCUUCAGCUUUUACUUCCUUACACGGCGAUCAGUGAUUAUCUUCUUGCCUGUUUCCAUUCACUUAAUCCAACGCUGUCUACAUAUCAUUUCUCUCUGCCUAUUAACAAUAAUGAUCAGGUGAAGCGUGUCUGGCAGCGCCGACGCGUACAUCUGGCCGACGGCCAGCUCUGGCUCUAUCAUGCCGACGAGUCAAAGGCGCCUGUAAAGCUGGCUUUGCUUACCUGCCAAGUGAAGCAGCAUCAGCCCACCUUCACAACUGCCACUUCAGCUUCAUCUGCUAGCUUGGUUCCCGGCCUACUUCUAGGCGGAGCUGCGGUCAUGUCUCCUACCUCGCUUACUUCCUCUACUAGUUUUGCUGGCGUCCAGGCUUCCUGCAGUCCUGUACAAUGCCCCCAAGGCAGUGAACUAACAGCGACAACUUUAUCUGCUGAUUUGAUGGCCGGGGCAACAGGGGCACUUGAUCAAGGAGGGAUAACGUCUAACUCAUCUCCUAGCGAAUUCACUGGAGUUGCAUACUCCUCUGGUGAUGGGGCCUCAUCACGUCGCGAGUUUGACUUAGUAUCAAAGCUUUCGAUUCCUGUCCUCGAUUACGUCAUAUUUGAGGAUCUGGAGCAGAUAAUGGCCAUGCCGGUGUUUGUGAAUCUUUUUCUUCCUAGGCUUCAAAUUCUUGAUUCGAUUAUCCUCUACCUCAUCCCCAUCCCCAUUAUUUCUCAUUAUUUGGAGCCCUGUGUUCCGUUUAAGUCAUAA